AAACAUGAAUCCAGCAGUCUUUGCUGCUUCUUUCCGGAAAGUCUGAACACGAAAAGGCUGAGAAACUCUGUAUUUGGGUAAUUUUAUCUUCUACCAACAAAUUCGAGUAGGCCACGUAGGGGGUAGGAUGGGGAGGGGUUGUGGGAUCGGGGAGAAAGGACGUCCUCUGAAUGGGGUUUAGAUUCAGGAGCAGUACGUCAAUUUUUCCCUAAUUCCCAUUAGUGCAUGAAUUUGGUCCUCCCAAGGAGCGGUGGCGCUCUCAGGCCGGCUGGAUCCCAGAGUAAGGACGUUCUAGCCGUCCGCGACUCGAUGGCAUGGCCCGGCGCCUGGCUGCUGGGUACCGCCAUGUUGGAGGCUCAGGAUGCCCACCAUGGCGGCGGGCGCGGGAGUCUGGGCGCCAGCGAGACCAGUUCGGCCGGGCAGAUGUUGGAAGUGCGGCGGGGGCUGUACCUGGGCGGGGCGGCGGCCAUCGCCGAGCCAGACCGCCUGCUGCAGGCGGGCAUCACUGCCGUGCUGACGGUGGACUCCGAGCCGCCAGACUUGGGGGCGGGGGCUGGUAUGCAGGGCCUUCGGAGGCUCUUCGUGCCGGCGCUGGACAGACCCGAAACCGACCUGCUCAGCCACCUGGACCGGUGCGUGGCCUUCCUUGGCCAGGCUCGUGCCGAGGGUCGCGCGGCGUUGGUGCACUGUCAUGCAGGACUCAGUCGAAGUGUGGCUGUAAUGACUGCUUUUAUAAUGAAGACUGAAGGACUGACCUUUGAAAAAGCCUAUGACAACCUUAAGAUUAUCAAACCAAAGGCUAAGAUGAAUGAGGGGUUUGAGUGGCAACUGAAAUUAUACGAGGCAAUGGGAUAUGAAGUCGAUACCUCUAGUGCAAUUUAUAAACAAUAUCGUUUACAAAAGGUUACAGAGAAGUAUCCAGAAUUGCAGAACUUACCUCAAGAACUCUUUGCCGUUGACCCAACCACCAUUUCACAGGGACUAAAGGAUGAGAUUCUCUACAAAUGUAGAAAGUGCAGGCGCUCUUUAUUUCGAAGUUCUAGCAUUUUGGAUCAUAAUGAAGGAAGUGGUCCUAUAGCCUUUGCUCACAAGAGAGUGACGUCACCUUUCAUGCUUACCUCAGGGAGCCAGGCUCAGUGCACAUCCUAUUUCAUUGAACCUGUUCAGUGGAUGGAAUCUGCUUUGUUGGGUGUGAUGGAUGGACAGCUUCUUUGUCCCAAAUGCAAUGCUAAGUUGGGUUCUUUCAACUGGUAUGGUGAACAGUGUUCCUGCGGAAGAUGGGUAACGCCUGCUUUUCAAAUACAUAAGAACAGAGUGGAUGAACUGAAAAUGCUGCCAGUUUUGGGAUCACAAGCAAGAAAAAUAUGAACUUGUGACAAAUGGUAGCUUGGAAAGAAACUUGCUGAGGACAUUGCCACCCUUGCUGCUGCUGUUCAAGGCAGACCAGUGUUGAGGCCAUCAGCAUCUCAUUUGAAAUGUGAGAGAGUAAAACACUUGAUGUGACUUGGAAACUGUUUUGUUAGCUUCAUAAACUGUUCAAAUAAAAUAUAUGGAAAUCAAAACUCGUUAAUCAUGUAAAUUAUACUUUGACAUUAAAAUGUUAUAUC